AUGACCCACGAAGGUCGCGUCUCCCGUGUCGUGGCUCGACUGCUGCGUCCUUUUCACCGUGAUAGUCACGCAGCGAAACACGCGCAUCGCUCCAGCCUCGCUUCUUGUUCUCGAGCCACUGCCUUAUCCACUAGCUCCACGUCCUCGUCCAGUAGCUCCACUCAUUCCCGGGGAAACGCGACCGUCCGCGUCGUGUUUCCACUAAAGCACGACCCGGACGGGAUCCCUGACACGGUCAUGAUGCCGCCUGCUUUCUUCCGCUACCUCCGCACUGUCGUCGAGCAGACGGUCGUGCUGUCAUCGAGUCAUCCAGCUCGAGCAAGUCAUCGAGGUCCGGACGCUUCUAGCGCGAGCUCGAGAGCUAAAAUUCUACGCUGGCGACGAGAGUAUAGCACCAAGACAUUGGAGAAGCUCCUUGUGGUUCUGACGGAAGACGAUGUGGACGGGUUUGCAAGCUCUAUCAGUCGACGAGCAGCUAAGCCAGUACCCUUAGGAAAUGCAGUGAAAGCGCUGCUGCAGCUCUGGAAGUGCUGUCUCCGGAUCUUGGAUGUGCUGGCUGAGGACGACAGCUAUGCUCGGGAUCCGAUAUCGAGGCACACAAUUGCACACGCAAGAGAUGCCAGUGCUCUAGCAAAGGACAAGAGGUUACAGUUGAAGCAGACGGUGUUGACGUUGCUGGCUCUGGUGAUCCGGAGACAGGAGCUGGAUGCACUUUUCGUAGCAGUAGGACACGGCGGGUGCAAGCACCACAAACCUUUGGACGACGAAGAAGCGAGACGUGGCACUUCAAGGCGAUCACCUCGAUCGGCUCGAGUUGAUUCACACCGACGAUCUUGGAACGCCUCAAGUGGUUCGAACCACGGCAAGCGGACGUCGCUCUCGUCGACUUUGUUACGUCCUUGUUCAAGCAACAACAGGCGAGGACAAGACCGGGAGAUGAGGUUAUGUGACUCGGUGCAUCGGUUCUUGGAACUACAUCAGUUGACGUUGCAGUACGCGUUUGAAGCCGUCCAUGGCAGUCUUGACUCCAUUGACGACAACAACAGCAAUCCUGCCAGGUAUAACCCGUUCGACUUGCAGCAAGACCUGUUGACUGCAGUGGUGGCUACGAGUUAUACACGCGUCCCGCAGCUACGCAGCCUUAUCCUGGACAACUUGAGCAACCAAGUUCCGUUUUCAGCCGGGAGCAGCUCUCGAUCGGUAUCCCGUUCCUUUGUUGACUCUCGAGAGCGUGGGAGGUCUUUGUACGAGGACAAACGGCGUCGAACACCGUACAACUGGCCGAAGAGCAUGUACCCGCAAUGUCAGGAGUUUCUCAAGACUGUGAACCGUGAAGACCGCUGGGCUCCUUUUACGCAAAUGUUGACGCAGCUUCUGGUUGACUCGGAUAGCUGCAUGUUGAUGCUUGCCCAGAUCUUGGAGCAGCUCACGGGUCAGCAGGUCAUGGGACGCACCGACUGGAAGUGUAUCCCUGGUUCUGAAGUGCUGCACGGUGCAGCUCUGGAACUUGCAAAGCGCUUGUUUCAGAAGGAGCUGCUACAGUGCGAACCAGAGUGGCAGGACGCUGGAGAGGACAAAGCUGGCAAGGAAAGUGCUUCCGCUAGCGAAGUCGAUACCACGUCUCUCCGCGACUCGUUUGCAAUGAUGGACGGGGCUGAACACGUGAAUACUCCUGCUGCUUACUUCACGGAGCAACUGACGGUGAUGAUGAGCGAGAACCUGGAGUUGAUCCACGACUAUUUGACAGCGAUCCUCCAGUCUACCAACUACAUGUUACCGCACCAUGUUGCUCUGUGCUUGCAGUCCAUGGAGAAGCUGAUGCUGGAGUUUCCAGCAUUUUUCGCAAGUGAUCCCGCAUCGACAUUGCCGCUCUCCUCUUCCCAUCCAGUCACUGAACCGCAGCAGAAACGUGCAUGUGCCGACGUUGAGACGCUGUGCUACGUGUUUUCAUGCCUACUGGAUUCCGAGCACUUUGAGAUUCUCAAAGCGACCGAGCUCUUCCUGUUGAAGAACUUUACGGGGCUUUCGGGACCAUUGCAACUGCGGCUGACGGAAGUCUUUGCAUCACACUUCAAGCGGCUGUUCCUGCACUGGAAUCAUGACGUGCGCUAUUGUUACCACCACAUAUUGCUCUACUUGUCGUAUCCAGGCAACCGUCUCGUGCUCGGAGCCAAGUCGGACGAAGCACUUAUGGGAGCAAAAGCUGCUUGGCUGUUUGAAAUACCUGGGCUCGUGCGCAAUGAACAUAGCGCAAACUGGGACGCUUUCGAUGACCCUUUGCACGAACUUGUCACGCGGUAUACGCAGCUGACCAAGCGUCGAUCCCAAGUCAAGCAGACGCCUUUUACGUGGGUGGAUGCCGUCUCGGAAGACAUUAUCCAGCGAGCCAUGAGCGAGUACAAGAGCCACGUGAGCAAGUACUUUGACCAUGCGCAGCAGAUAUCGAUGCACCAGCGCGUCCCGACACCCGUUUUCUCGGUCGAUACGGACGAAAGUGAGUCACCUCUUGUCGAUAGAGACCUUCCCUGCACGGCAGCAAUAUUAGCGUGA